AUGAAUUCUAAAAUUAAUUUAAUAAUUGUAAAAGAAAAGGAAGAACAAUUUAAAAUAUUAGAAAUAAUAAAAAAAGAAGGAUCAAAGUUUUCUCAAUUAGAGAGAGCUGAAAAUGAAAUAAAAAUUGGUUUAUCAAUUUGGUUUGUUGAUGAUAUUAAAUCACCACAAUUUAUAAUAUCAUUUGAAUUAUUAGAUGCUUUAAUAAAAAUUUAUUCAAAUGGUAAUAUUGAAAUUGCAAAAACUUGUUUAAGUUCAAUUGAUUGGAGAAUUGGUUUCUUUUUAAAUUUUCCUGAUAUUGAUAAAAAUGAAUUAUUAAAUAAAACUAAUCAUAAUGGUGCUAUAAAAUAUCAUUUUCAAAAUAAAAUUGAAAAAUUAACAUUUAUUGAAACUCCAAAUAAAGAAAUUGUAAAAAUAAUUAAAAAAAUAUUAACAAAAUAUAAAUUUAAAGUUUUUGUAAGUAUAGAAUAUUCAGAAUAUGUAUUAAAAAUUGAAAAUGAAGAUAAAUUAAAUGAAAAGAUAAAAGAGUUGGAAAUGAAUUUAGAUGGUAAUGAAAUUAUAUUAAAUUAUGAUGAUAUUGAAUUUGCAAAUUCAUUUUGGAUAUAUAAAGGUCAAUUCUCAACUGAAGAAUUUAAAUGGAGUUCUGAUAAUGGUUUAGCAUUUGGUUAUAAAGCUAAUGGUGGUGGUAGUGAUGGUGAUGGUAAUAGUGAUGGUGAUGGAAAAUUAAUAUGUUGGAAUUUAAUAAAAUCUGAUGGGAAAACUGUACAUUUAUUCACUUUACCUGAAUUUAGGGGAAAAGGUGAAGAUAAUACAGCUUCUCAAAAUUUAAGUUUAAAAUUAGGUUUUAAAAAAACAUUAUCAGUUCAAUCAAUUGAAGCUCAAUUAAAUGAUAUUUAA